CACGUUCAGUGAUAAUUCUCGUUUAAACGUGUUGCCACGCAAACCGUCACUUGUGCUAUUUAAUUAUUUGUCAUAGCGUGACAGCGCGACAGUUUCGAUCAAGGAACAAUAAUGCCUGGAUAUAGAUGGGCGAGAUGGCCGAUAUCUUACGGUGAUCGUAGCAUGUUGAUCUCCAUCGGCAGGGACUUGGACGGCAUGAAUCUCGUCGUAGGUCGUGCCAUGCACAUGGGCGACAUGAUCCCGGCGAAAGUGAAGCCGGAUCAUAACGUUGCCUACGUGUGUCACGGAGGUUCCGAGCACACGAAGCACGACUUCGAGGUAUUGAUGCCCGCCCAUUUCAACUGGGUCCGAACGGGUCACGGUCACGUACCGGAACACGCGGUGGAGGCUGGAACGACCACGAACGGGGAAAUGCUCUACGUCGGCCGUACAUUUCACAACGGCGUAUUCUGCGUAGGGAAGGUCCAGAGAAGUCACGGUGUUUUGUACAUUCCGUUCGACGGGAAGGAAAUACCGUACAGGGAGUAUGAAGUCUUGGUGCAAUGUUAAAUCUUAUCCACAAUCAUUGUGGCGUGCGCAUUAAUAUUUUCAUAUAAAACUGUCGGGGUGAAUAAUGAAUGGUUCAUAAUUGCGGGAAAAAUUAUUUUUACACAAGUAUAUUUCAGGAUUACAUAUAUUUUACGUCGUAUUUUAUAGUGGACAAAUACGUAUGAUUGGAACAUUCUAUCUUGAUGCUGUUAUUUCAUUUUAUAUUUAUUUGUAUAUACUUUUGUGAAAUGAAAUAUUGACAAACUGUGUACCGCAAAUUCCGAACAACAUUUUGAGUCAUAUUGCCACGUCUAUUUAUGAGGGUUUCCCGAGUUGAAGUUAGAUUAAAAUUUUAUAAAGUUGGAGGCGGA